GUACAUGGUGGAGACGGCGGGGGAGGGCGCAUUCAAGGUGAAGUGGGCCAACGGGGCCACGCUCACCCUCACCGCCUGCAACGACUGGCCAAUGCCAGGCGGCCACCUGGCAGUGGCUGACGUGGAGCUGCCCCACACAGCGCAUUCGGGCGAGGAGAGGCAGCAGCUGCUCUCGCUGCUCUCCACGGCCGUGGGCGACGCACAGCGGCAGGAUGACACACCUCCGGCCCCUCCGGCCCUGUCCGCCCUGGGCGGUGUGAUAGCAGCGGCAGGGGCAUGCCUGCGCAAGGCCAUGAUGGUGGCGCUCAAGACAUCGUGA